GAACUAGGGUCUGGAACUAUUCCACUAAACCUAUUGUAAGCAGCUGCAUUUAAUAUUGUAAUAUCGGGUAAGCGUAAUUCUGGACUGUAAUUUAAAACAAAAAGUCUGUUAUGAUUUUCUCGCCACUUUGUCAUACAAUGUAAUUUUAAAGUUGAUUGGCAUAUUAAAAAAUAUGAAUUUGAUUUCUCAUUUUCUGUUUUUGAUGAAAGAACUUCUUGGAGUUUAGACAUAAUUUAAUGAUACAAUUUCACUUACACAACCGAUACCUCCAAGUUGCACAUUUAAAAAGCUCUAUUCAUGACAGUGUCACUGAGUGUCUCAGUGUGCAUACUAGGAAGUAUUUAGUUUAUGAUAAAUUUAAUUUUAAAUUGGCGAUGGAUUAAAAGUAAAACACUUUUUACUAUUAAUAUUACCCAUAUGCCAUAUAACUUAUUAAAUUAGUGUACAUAUAUUAUAGUGUAUAGUAAUUAUUAAUUAGUGUAAGAACAGGCCCUACUAAGCCUACUGACUGCCUACUACUUAACUUAACUUAAAUAACUUAAUUACUAAUUAAUAAAUAAAAAAUAACUUAUAUCAUAGUAUUAACUUAUAGUUAUAAAUAACCAAGGUAGCAUUGACAGUAAGUAUUACUGUUAAUUACAUGUUACAACUUAAGUUUAAGGCAUUGACAUUCACUUUCACUUAGGCUUUUACAGCCUAAUCAUUUAAAUUAUACUAAUCAUACUACACCCUUGAAUAGCCUAAGGGCUAAUAAGGCUUACUUAACAUAGGCGGCCUAAUUGAAUCAUUUUCAAGAAUGCCAUGGCACAAGACCAAGAAUUAGUCCAGCCUCUAAAAAUGAAGUUUACUUUACAAAUGAAUAUCAAUCAUCAUAGUCAUAGCUAUUUUUAUUAUCAAUCAUUUAUAAUUUAAACUGGCUAGUAAUUACAUUUUAAUAGCCCCUAACCAUUUAUUUGUAAUUAUUAGACAAUGGUCAUUUUUUUAAAUGUUACAAUUCAAUUUGAUAAACCAUGUCCAACAAUCAUGAUCAUAAAUAAGACUGUGUGUGCGCUGCAUUUUUUCUGACUGUGGGAAGAAAUUACAAUAAGAUUGCUGUUUGCAUGAAUUUCUAUACAAUCAUUAAAAAUAAAGAUUAUUUAGCCUAUAUAGGCCUAGUAUUAUCUUUAAUUUAUUUUUUCAGUAUUUUUCUGUUAUUUGUGUUAAAUCAAUCCAAUAAUUUGUACCUAAAUGAAGACUUCUAUUUGAUUUUAUUCGGAAUGUCACAAAAAAAAAAAAUCCCGCUGUAUAUAAUAUGUAUAUUCAAUGUUUCAUUUUAACUAAAAGUUUGCCAGUAAUGAGACUUUAAUCAAAAGGUGAAGAAAUUGAGGAUGCCUAGGGCUCUCAAGUUAAAGGGAGAGAGGGGUUUGGGUUGUUUUUGAUAAAAUCCAAAUUGCAGUGUUGAUUGUUUAUGCACCCCCCCCCCCUUUUUUUUUAAAAAAAAAAUAAUUAAAAUCUAUCUUUUCUUCUGUAAUUCUUGUUAAGAGUUUUUACAUGCUGAACUACUUUUCCUGACUCACAAGGCAUGUAAAUAACAAUUUUCUAACAUAUUUCAGACUUACUAGAUGUGAAAACAAGACUUUCUUAAUUCAUGGGCAGGAAUGAGACUUACCUCAUCUGAAAGGCUUUAUCACAAAAGUUUCUUCUCUCUAUUAAUCAUUUCAUCCUGGUAAUUACUUGUUUUUUCUACAUCUACACUAUUUUUUCUUGUCCAUUUUUCAUAAAUAAAUCAUUUUGUAUUUAGAUUACUUGGUUCCAUUAUUUACAGUGUAUAAAAGUAAACUGUUUUACUGAUAGUGAUUCAAGACAUGCAAUGGGCAAAUCAGUAAUUUCAUCUAAUUGAAAAGUAGUUUUUUUAUCAACUUCUCACACAAUAACAUUUAAUUUCGUAAAUCUUAUACAAAUCUUAGAAGAAAUUGUAUGGGCUACAUUUUUACUCAGCAUUCUUUUAAUACUUAAAAUAAUUCAUCUGCCAAAUGAAGCGAUCGUUCAUAAAAAAAAUAUUUAUCUUUUGUUUUAUCACCUCAAAGAAAUUUUUUUUUUUACUUGACACUAAACAACAAAAUAGCAUUACAGCUCCUCAUCUAGAACAAAAAGACAGUAGAAGUUUACAUUAAACUAUCCACUCUCAUUUCUUAUUCUUACUGAGGAGUUUAGCCCUUAAGGUGAACGUAAGUUAAUUUAAGAUUUAAAUUGUUUUUUGUGGUAACAGCAGGAGAAAUUGUUGUUACAUCAGUAAUAUUAUGGUUAUCUACAUAACUGUUCACUGUACACAAAAGUAGAUGAAUUAAUUAUGGUUUGAUUCACUUAAGUUCACUCAAUUUUCAAUUGAAAAAAUAAUCUUGACAGAUUUUUGUGAGGAGAAUUGAUGUAAAUGGCAUCAGAAGAUUUUGAUGCGUAUGACCUCCCAACAGCAUCACCACCCAAACCUCAGCAGGGCCACAAAAAGUCAUGGCUGGAGCUUCGAAACACAGCGCGAGAAACCAGGUCAGCUUCAACUGUCAUGAUUGAUUUCGUUUUUAAACAAAUGAAUUUAAAAGUAAAAGGAAAGUUUUUAUCCAGUUAAAUUUAAAAGUUAUAAUUUUUAAACAGUGGCAAAGCUAGGGUAAGUGCCACAGGGGCGGUUGAAGAUUUUUGCCGCCCCCUUCCUCAAAAAAAAAAAAUAAAAAUAAAAAUUUGCCAGAAAAGUGAUGACCCUCCAUGUAACAAAAACAACAAGUGCUGCCUGGGAUGGUCCACUCCCUCAACACUCCCCCCCCCCCCCCUUUUUCCUAAUAAAAAAAAAAAAAAAAAAAAAAAAAUUGCCAGAAAAGUGAUGGCCCUUCAAGUAACAAAAACAACAAGUGCUGCCUGGGGUGGGCCCCCCCCCCAACACUCCCCCCCCCCCCACCUUUUUCCUAAGCUAGUGUAUGUAAUAGAAAUAACAACUUUGGAGCAGAAAUUUUCUGAUUUGUUUCUAGACUUCCACAUAAUUCAUAUGGAUAUGGAAAAAUAGUUACCGCUGAAAUGUAAUAGUAAAUAAAUGAAAACAUUUAUAGUAUAACUUUUUUUCCAAUUAGCCAGUAACAAAUAGUAACAGAAUUUAAAAAAUAUAGAUUUAAAAUUUGAAAAAGAAUUCAGAGUUUGUUUUAGUUAAAUGAAGUUUUGAAAUAAAAUCUGUUGUUUAUUUUUUUUAAAAUAAAAAACAAAGGAAGUUGAUAACAAGAAUAACACCCUCUACACCAAGCAAUUUCCAGUUUCGGAAUAUUACAACAGAUCUUGGAAAGUCUUUCACUCGCCUCUACUUUCUUGGUGUGCCAGAGAAGGGGAGGGACAGUACACUCCUGAAGGUAGACAUUGGUAGGUAAGAUUUACAUAUGGGAGUAUCUCCAGCUGGAGAUUUCUGUGUCAUGAUGACCUGAUUCAGUGGUCACAGACCAGACCAGGCUAUUUUAAUUUGUAUGUCUAUUUAAUUGUUAUCACAUGUCAAUAUGAGUCAUUAGAGAUAACAGUCAAUCACUAGAAAUGAGGGCCAGUCAAACUCUUGCUACAUUCAGGUUUCGGGCCAGUUAAACUCUUGCUACCUUCACAUGUCAGGCCAGUCCAACUCUUGCUACAUUCACAUGUCAGGCCAGUCAAACUCUUGCUACGUUCACAUGUCAGGGCAGUCAAACUCUUGCUACCUUCACAUGUCAGGCCAGUCCAACUCUUGCUACAUUCACAUGUCAGGCCAGUCAAACUCUUGCUACAUUCACAUGUCUAGUUUAAUAAAUUAACUUACACUUUUCUUUUUGAAAAGAUGAUUCCUCAUUGCCCAAGUCAUCCAGUGAGUCGGGUGAACAAACUUCCAGUUCCCCAUUCUGGAUGUCCCCCGUCUUUGAGAAGCAGCCAAAUCCUAAUGCUGUUCCGAUGUCAAGAGAAGAGCAGUUGAUGAGGGAGCGUAAAAGACUCGGUACUUAUGGCAUAACAUCGUAUGAAUUUCAAGUUGAAGAUGGUCUGUUCAUUAUACCAGCCAACAACAGUCUUUACAUGUGUAAUGACACAGUAAGUGUUUUAUAAGUCUUUUAUUCAUUUUAUUUUCCCUUUUAAACAUUUUAGUCUGUUAUUUUCUAGCAGGUAUGAUCAAAUUUUUACCACAAAAUGGUCACAUUCAACUGAUGCAAUUAGAAAGAGGCACUCGUUCACUAAAGAACUUUACUUAAUGUCUGCAAUGGUUGCAUCAAGACACUAAAAGGACCAAAUUUAUUGCCUGUCUGUUCUUAAAUAUUUGAAGUUGCACAUUUUGAUUUCCUUAUUCUCGUGACCAAACUUUUUUUGAUUUUCAGCUCGACGUUACGGAUGACCCUGUAGAAAUUCCAACCUUGACUUACGGGGCUCGCCUUGACCCAAAGAUCUGCCCGUGUAACAGUGAUCUGGUGGCGUUCAUUCAUGAACUUGAUAUUUGGCUCACUUGUCUCCAUUCUGGCAAAGAAAUAAGGCUGACUCAUGCCCAUAAAGGUUGGCUCAUUUAUAUAAGGCUGACUCAUGCCCAUAAAGGUUGGCUCAUUUAUAUAAGGCUGACUCACGCCCAUAAAGGUUGGCUCAUUUAUAUAAGGCUGACUCAUGCCCAUAAAGGUUGGCUCAUUUAUAUAAGGCUGACUCAUGCCCAUAAAGGUUGGCUCAUUUAUAAAGAUAUACAGAUACAACUUAAAGCACUCUUGGAGUUAAAAAAAAAAAAUUCAUGCAAUCUGUGGAGUUAAUUUCUGUAGCUUUUUGUUGUUGUUGAUGGGUGCAGAAAUUUGAUGGUAGCCUUCUUAACCCACCAGUUUGAGAUGGUGAUGUGGGAAGGAUAAUGAACGUUUGAAAGAGGAGAUUUUUAGAAGUGUAGAAGUGGAAAUAGGUUUCAUAAACAUUCUCACAUUUUGUUUUUAAUAAAAUAACCCAAAACUUGGAAUGUGUGUUGUGUACCUUGUUGCAGGUGAGACACGUCUGGAAGAGGAUCCACUCAGUGCUGGUGUGCCGGGCUUUGUCAUACAGGAAGAGUUCGACAGGUACACUGGGUAUUGGUGGUCUCCCCUGUGUCAGCGUCUUCCAGGUCAGUUUCAACAUACCAUGUUGAUUUUUUGGACAGUUUAAACUUUUUCAUCCGUCACUUACUGCUUUUUUUUUCUUUAAGAAAUUGCAAAGUCCAAUUUUUUAAUUGCUACAUUUUACAGAUGGCAGAAAACUUUACCACAUCUUGUAUGAAGAGGUUGAUGAGUCGGAUGUUGAGAUUUUGUCCAUUUUCUCACCAACUGGCCAGGAACCUAACUGUACAGAACUUUAUAGGUAAAUAUUUCAUUUUAAAACAUGGAUUCUUGAUUUCAGGUUUCUUUAUCCAUAAGAAAAGUCUAAAUGCAAUUAAAAAAAAAAAAUUAUUAUUAUUAUUCCAAUUCUAAUUGCUUCAAGCUCAUAAAUGUCAAUAUAAUUGUCAACUAUUUUCUACUACUUCAAAAAAUAAAUCAUCAGCAACUGCCAUAUUUGGAUCCUCAUCUGACCAAAUUCUAGAACCAUAUACAAGUAAACGAAAGAAACUCAACUUUGAUAGUCACCAUUAUAUGGUUUUGCAAUGUCAAUCUGUUUUAAAAUUUGGCUAGUUGUAUAAGCAAUUCUGAAAACUAGGAUACAAAGAAAAAUAAUACCAAAGCUAGUGAUAUUAACAUUAUCUAAUUUAAUUAUGCAAUUAAGGUUUUAUAAAAAUGCAAAAUCAAAUAUACAGAAAUAAAACCUUUAUUAACUUACAGUGAGUGAAAAGUAUAAUCCUAGAAUUUUAAUCCACAGUAAAAAUCUAGUACGCCUUGUGGGCCUCCUGUAAUGUCUGGUAAAUCUCGUAAUGUGUCUUGUAUCUAGGAAAUCUAGUAAUUCUUGCCCUGCUGGGAAAGCUGAUGGCUUAUUUAUAGGGCAGGAGUUUGACUGAAGAAUCGUGUCCCUUUCUUCCAAAACUUUGAAUCCUAUUUAUUGCACUUGCUGGAAACAUUUCUGAUUUUAUCAAAUAUUCAUGUCCUUUAGUUUUUUUAUUUGUAUAUCUGGGCCAUCUUUCCCUUGUAUCUUCCAGAUAUCCCAAAGCUGGGGCUAACAAUGCCUAUAGUAAUUUGAAGCUCUUGGAAGUUAUCAUUUCUUUCAAUGGACCGGUCAGUAUUUAGAAUUAUUAUUUUUUUCUUCGAUAAUCCUGAAAUAUUUUUGCAAAGUUGUCACAAACAUACCCAGGCUGUGGCACAAAGAUACCCAGGCGGUUGCACAAAGAUACCAGGAUGUGACACAAACAUACCCAGGCUGUGGCACAAAGAUACCUAGGCUGUUGCACAAAGAUACCAGGAUGUGACACAAACAUACCCAGGCUGUGGCACAAAGAUACCUAGGCUGUUGCACAAAGAUACCAGGAUGUGACACAAACAUACCCAGGCUGUGGCACAAAGAUACCUAGGCUGUUGCACAAAGAUACCAGGAUGUGACACAAACAUACCCAGGCUGUGGCACAAAGAUACCUAGGCUGUUGCACAAAGAUACCAGGAUGUGACACAAACAUACCCAGGCUGUGGCACAAAGAUACCCAGGCGGUUGCACAAAGAUACCAGGCUGUGACACAAACAUACCCAGGCUGUGGCACAAAGAUACCCAGGCGGUUGCACAAAGAUACCAGGAUGUGACACAAACAUACCCAGGCUGUGGCACAAAGAUACCAGGCUGUGACACAAACAUACCCAGGCUGUGGCACAAACAUACCCAGGCUGUGACACAAAGAUACCAGGAUGUGACACAAACAUACCCAGGCGGUUGCACAAACAUACCCAGGCUGUGACACAAAGAUACCAGGAUGUGACACAAACAUACCCAGGCGGUUGCACAAAGAUACCUAGGCGGUUGCACAAAGAUACCCAGGCGGUCGCACAAACAUACCCAGGCGGUUGCACAAACAUACCCAGGCGGUUGCACAAAGAUACCCAGGCGGUUGCACAAAGAUACCCAGGCGGUUGCACAAACAUACCAAGGCGGUUGCACAAACAUACCCAGGCGGUUACACAAACAUACCCAGGCUGUGACACAAACAUACCCAGGCUGUGACACAAACAUACCCAGGCUACUGCACUGACAGUUUUAACUUGAUGAAGGUUAAACACAUUAUUGUUUUAAAAAAAUACAUUGAUAUUUUUUAAUUACAUUUUUUCCCGGACAUCUCGCAAAUUCUUUAAGUAGCAAUAACAGAAAAAUUUGACGUCUGCUGCAAAUUUAAUCAAUACAAUUUAAUAAAAAUGUUUAUGCUGAUACGUUUCAGACAACACACGUUUGUGACCUCCAGGUCAAAGAGUUGACCAUGAAAGAAAGUCUGUUUGAGGCAUGCCCAUGGGGCGAAUACUUGUCAAGAGCUGGCUGGACUCCAGAUGGAAAAUAGUAAGUUUGAAAAUGUUGCCAGAAAGAAAUGUUUUGACUUUAUAGCUUGGCAGAGUGUCUUGUUUGGAAAGUGAUGUCUUAAAUGUUUUGACUUUAUAGCUUGGCAGAGUGUCUUGUUUGGAAAGUGAUGUCUUGAAUGUUUUGACUUUAUAGCUUGGCAGAGUGUCUUGUUUGGAAAGUGAUGCCUUAAAUGUUUUGACUUUAUAGCUUGGCAGAGUGUCUUGUUUGGAAAGUGAUGUCUUGAAUGUUUUGACUUUAUAGCUUGGCAGAGUGUCUUGUUUGGAAAGGGAUGUCUUGAAUGUUUUGACUUUAUAGCUUGGCAGAGUGUCUUGUUUGGAAAGGGAUGUUUUAAAUGUUUUGACUUUAUAGCUUGGCAGAGUGUCUUGUUUGGAAAGUGAUGUCUUAAAUGUUUUGACUUUAUAGCUUGGCAGAGUGUCUUGUUUGGAAAGUGAUGUCUUAAAUGUUUUGACUUUAUAGCUUGGCAGAGUGUCUUGUUUGGAAAGUGAUGUCUUAAAUGUUUUGACUUUAUAGCUUGGCAGAGUGUCUUGUUUGGAAAGUGAUGUCUUAAAUGUUUUGACUUUAUAGCUUGGCAGAGUGUCUUGUUUGGAAAGUGAUGUCUUAAAUGUUUUGACUUUAUAGCUUGGCAGAGUGUCUUGUUUGGAAAGUGAUGUCUUAAAUGUUUUGACUUUAUAGCUUGGCAGAGUGUCUUGUUUGGAAAGUGAUGUCUUAAAUGUUUUGACUUUAUAGCUUGGCAGAGUGUCUUGUUUGGAAAGUGAUGUCUUAAAUGUUUUGACUUUAUAGCUUGGCAGAGUGUCUUGUUUGGAAAGUGAUGUCUUAAAUGUUUUGACUUUAUAGCUUGGCAGAGUGUCUUGUUUGGAAAGUGAUGUCUUAAAUGUUUUGACUUUAUAGCUUGGCAGAGUGUCUUGUUUGGAAAGUGAUGUCUUAAAUGUUUUGACUUUAUAGCUUGGCAGAGUGUCUUGUUUGGAAAGUGAUGUCUUAAAUGUUUUGACUUUAUAGCUUGGCAGAGUGUCUUGUUUGGAAAGUGAUGUCUUAAAUGUUUUGACUUUAUAGCUUGGCAGAGUGUCUUGUUUGGAAAGUGAUGUCUUAAAUGUUUUGACUUUAUAGCUUGGCAGAGUGUCUUGUUUGGAAAGUGAUGUCUUAAAUGUUUUGACUUUAUAGCUUGGCAGAGUGUCUUGUUUGGAAAGUGAUGUCUUAAAUGUUUUGACUUUAUAGCUUGGCAGAGUGUCUUGUUUGGAAAGUGAUGUCUUAAAUGUUUUGACUUUAUAGCUUGGCAGAGUGUCUUGUUUGGAAAGUGAUGUCUUAAAUGUUUUGACUUUAUAGCUUGGCAGAGUGUCUUGUUUGGAAAGUGAUGUCUUAAAUGUUUUGACUUUAUAGCUUGGCAGAGUGUCUUGUUUGGAAAGUGAUGUCUUAAAUGUUUUGACUUUAUAGCUUGGCAGAGUGUAUUGUUUGGAAAGUGAUGUCUUGAAUGUUUUGACUUUAUAGCUUGGCAGAGUGUCUUGUUUGGAAAGUGAUGUCUUGAAUGUUUUGACUUUAUAGCUUGGCAGAGUGUCUUGUUUGGAAAGGGAUGCCUUGAAAACAUUUUUAACUGAAUGAAAUAAAUUAUUUUUGUUUACAGCAUCUACGCUGUAAUUAUUGACAGACUUCAAAUGAGGCAGGCAGUGAUGCUUAUCUCCCCUUCAGCAUUUUAUGACAAGGGAUCUAAAUCAAGUGCACCCCAUAUUCAGUGUAUAUACGAGGAGACCUCAGAGAUAUGGAUAAAUGUAAGUCUACUUAAUGUCAUUGUAAGGUUUAUGGAAGAUCAUGAAGUAACUAACUGUAUAAUUGUAGGAAUAAAUUUAUGCAAAUGUAUUUGGAAUUAUAUUACAAAUUUCUUUAUUUUUUCCUUUUAAUGAUGAAAUAAUAAUAAUAAUUAUUAUUAGUUGGUGGUUUUCUAUAGCGCAGUACCCCAGCCUAGGACUAGGCUCACUGCAGUACCCCAGCCUAGGGCUAGGCUCACUGCAGUACCCGAGCCUAGGGCUAGGCUCACUGCGCUUUACAUAAAAUUAGCCAUUACAGAAACUUAUACAUUUAAAAACAAUUGAAAGUGAAAAGCUUGACCUCACCCACCCAAGUACUAUCUACCCCUGUCCGGCCAUGGACAGCAUCCAUCAGAAUCGAGCGUUGUUUAUCAGUCAGAGGGGGUGAGAAUGAAUCGGUAUAGUGCUGUUUGAAGAGAUGGGUCUUGAGGGCAGUUUUGAAGGCUGUGAUGGUCGUUAUAUUGCAGAUGUGCAAUGGGAGAGAAUUCCAUUGUUUUCGGGCACAGAAAGAUCGUUCACCAUAUUUUUUAGUGCGUGUUCUGGCAACAAUAAUUAAUAAACCCGUAACAGUAUGUGUUCCAUCAGAAAAAGUUACACUCUAGUUAUUGUCAACAUAAAUUUUGUUCUUGUCAGAGAAAUUUUAACACUAUGUUGUUUCUUUGUUUGAACAUUUUUUAUUAUUUAAAUAGAUUUUCAAAGAAUUUCAUAUUGAUGUAAAAUGAUACCUGGUCCAAUAUUUUAAAACACUUAAUUUCUCACCAUCUGAAUAUCAAGUUUUUAGUGACAAGUGAAGAAUCUCUACAUUUACAUAUUCAUUCCAACAGGUCCAUGACUUGCUCCACUUCUUACCUCAAACCUCAGAGCAUGAAAUCUCUUUCAUCUAUGCAUCAGAGAAGUCUGGAUUUCGCCAUUUGUACCUCAUGAGAUCACAGCUCUGCACACAGAAGUCUGGGGUCAUAGGCCAUCAAAUAGGUCAAGGGGAUAUAACUGGUGAGGCUCCAAAGUCUUUUUGUGUUUUUGUUUUAAAAGCUUUUGUAAAAAUGGCUGUGGGGAAAAACUUAAUCCUGCAUGGCUUUCAUGCCAUUAAAAGAUAGAAAACACAAACAAAGAGUUUUAUUUCAACUGUAAUCCUGAUUUAUUAAACAUGAUUUAUAAUAUAAACUGUCAUUACAACUGUAAUCCUGAUUUAUUAAACAUGAUUUAUAAUAUAAACUGUCAUUACAAUUGUAAUCCUGAUUAAUUCAACAUGAUUUAUAAUAUAAACUGUCAUUUCAAUGCUGCACUUAAAGUCCAGACUCUGUUAAAUGUAUUAUCUCCCUUAAGAAAAGAUUUGAAAAUUAUUUUUAAUUAUCAUUUUAACUAAAAAUUAGCGCCCACACUUAUAUUUUAGAUCAGAUGGAAAUCAGAGGAAAAUUAUUUGUGUAAAGAAACAUAACUUGUAUUGUUGAAAAGGAAAAUAAUUUUUGGGGGGUCUUUGGACAUUUUACCUAACAACAGGUUUGUUAAAUUUGUUAUGCUGGAUAUGAAGGCACUUAAAUUAGUCAUACCUACAGGCAUGUCAUAUGACCAAUACUGUUUAAUACAAUUAAAAAAAUUUUGAGCUUUCUAACAAGUGUUUUAUCUUACCUGUAAUAAAUGCAGAAUGUGGUCCAGACAUGGCUCUUUAUAGUCCAGACAUUGUUCUCUAUAGUCUAGACAGUGCUAUUUAUAGUCUAGACAGUGCUCUUUAUAGUCCAGACAUUGUUCUUUAUAGUCCAGACAGUGCUAUUUAUAGUCUAGACAGUGCUCUUUAUAGUCCAGGCAUUGCUCUUUUUAGUCUAGACAUUGCUCUUAAUAAAAACAGCUCUCAUUUCUGGCAAAAACAAUGGCCAUGCAGCUGUAAAAAACUAAAUACGUUUUAUAAUUGUGAUAAAGGAGCACGGUGGAGCACAGGAAAGUGUUCAUGUACAUCAUUUGGGCUCUGUUGGGCUCUGUUGGGCUCUGGGCUGUGUAUCUAUUCUCUAAUUUAUUAUUUAUUCCUUGACAAGUGGCAACAGCCCGCGUAAAUAUUCAAACACAACAAACGUUUCAUUUCCACAGAGAAUUACGUCACGUGCAAAGUACUUAGUGAGACAGCCAUCACAUCUGGUUCCUGGGUAGUUUUACCCAAAGAGGUAACGCUUCUGAUGUGUCAUCGAUUUGUGGGCUGCAUCUCAGGUGUAUGAACAAUACCUAAAUCAUAUAGAUCAGUCUCUCAUCGAUUUCACCUUUCAUAUGCUGGCUGGAACAUUUGUAGAAUGAUUUUUUGAGGGAUUUUUAGAUAUACAACUAAUAAGGAAUUAAUAAUGGGUUUCAGUUAAAAAGGUUUCAAAUUGUGAAUUGUCACAGAAAUAUUAAUUUAAGAUUUAGCUUUCAUUAUAUGAUGCUAAUAAACAAAGUCACUCUCAAGCCUGAAGAUGAAAAAACAAUAAAUGUUGAGAACUGUGUCAUUUGAAAAACUUGUUUUCAUUUUAAUGGAGAGUACCAAAGCACUUACCCUGUAGAGAAAGACACAACAUGCGUCACAGAUAAUAUGGGACAUUGAUGCAUAACAAAUUGUCUGAACUUAAUUGUGUGAACAAUGGCCAAUAUUAGUCUUGUGUGUGUGUGUGUGUGUGUGGCCAUCUUGUUUAUUUAUAAUUUCAUUUCGUUUCAGAUGUGGGUGGAUGAAUCCAGACACAUGGUUUAUUUCCUUGGUUUGUUGGACUCUCCACUAGAGUCACAUUUGUAAGUAGUUAGCAACACCACUAGAGUCUCAUUUGUAAGUAGUAGCAACACCACUAGAGUCACAUUUGUAAGUAGUAGCAACACCACUAGAGUCACAUUUGUAAGUAGUAGCAACACCACUAGAGUCUCAUUUGUAAGUAGUAGCAACACCACUAGAGUCACAUUUGUAAGUAGUCUGGUACUUAGCAACACCAUUAGAGUCUCAUUUUGAAAUGUGGGCAUUAAAAAUUAUAUUUUUGAUGAAGAAGGUUCAAAAUACUGAGCUGUAUCUCGGUUUGUUAGAGAAUGUCUAUCCCUACAUAGAAUUCCGUGUCUAUCCCUACAUAGAAUCCCAUGUUUAUCCCUAUUUAGAAUCCCUAGUCUAUUCCUACAUAGAAUCCCAUGUCUAUGCCUAUUUAGAAUCCCAUGUCUAUUCCUACAUAGAAUCCCAUGUCUAUCCCUACAUAGAAUCCCAUUUCUAUUCCUUCAUAGAAUCCCGUGUCUAUCCCUACAUAGAAUCCCGUGUCUAUCCCUACAUAGAAUCCCAUGUCUAUCCCUACAUAGAAUCCCAUUUCUAUUCCUUCAUAGAAUCCCGUGUCUAUCCCUACAUAGAAUCCCAUGUCUAUCCCAACAUAGAAUCCAGUGUCUAUCCAUAGAAUCCCAUGCCUAUCCUUACAUAUAAUCCCAGGGCUAUUUUUACAUAGAAUCCCAUGUCUAUUCCAUCAUAGAAUCCCAUGUCUAUCCCUACAUAGAAUCCCAUGUCUAUCCUUACAUAGAAUCAAAUGUCUAUCCUUACAUAGAAUCCUAUGUCUAUCCCUACAUAGAAUCCAGUGUCUAUCCAUAGAAUCCCAUGUCUAUCCCUAUAAAGAAUCCCAUUUCUAUUCCUUCAUAGAAUCCUGUGCCUACCCCUACAUAGAAUCCCAUGUCUAUCCUUACAUAGAUUCCCAUGUCUAUCCCUACAAAGAAUCCUGUGUCUAUCCUUACAUAGAAACCCAUGUCUAUCCUUACAUAUAAUUCCAUGUCUAUUUUUACAUAGAAUCCCAUGUCUAUCCCUACAUAGAAUCCCGUGUCUAUCCCUACAUAGAAUCCCGUGUCUAUCCCUACAUAGAAUCCUGUGUCUAUUCCUACAUCAAAGACUUCAACAGUGAUAAGAACUUAUUAGAACAAGUGUUUUUAAAACCGUUUGUGCUCCCCACCAACUGUCAUAUUAUUUCACCUCAUUUUAAAACAUUACUUUUUUUUUUCCAAAAGAUUUGUGGCAAGAUAUGACCAGCCCUCUGGGAUCAUUAAACUUACACAGCCCGGCUACUCUCACGCUGUUCAGAUGAGUCAGGUAAUUCAGUUAUUUAGUUCAUGGCUCUGCCGCGGGUAGGUCACGGCCUGAUCAGGUCUUACAGAAUUUGUCGGUUUCUAAAAGUGGGGUCACCACUUGUUAGUCUAAUACUGAUGUUAGUUAUUGAUUACUACAAAAGUGGUCUAAAAAUUUAUUUAAAAACAGUUAAUUUAUUUUCCCCAUAAUAAUGUUUACAUUUUUUUAAUAAAAAAAAAAAUUAUUCCACAAAAUACUUUACAAAUCUAACUACUUUUCUUGUAAUUAGUUCUGUAUUUAAUCAUCUGUUGUUUGAACUUGAAUUUUUAUGGACUGAUCUAUGAGGAAUAUAUUACGGCAAGAACAUUUCCUGUCCAAAUGAAUGAAUACAGUUAUAAAUUAUGUUAUUGUCAUAAUCAAAGAUGUAUAAAAAAAAACUAAGCUGACAUUAACAUAUAACGAAGUGAAAUAUUACGUUCCAGAUCUAUUUCACCAACUAUUUCCAGAAAACAAAAUAAAAUAUUACUUACCAAAGUUACUUUUAAGAAUCUCAUUUAGCGCAGUAAACCUGCAAAUAAUAUUUAGUGGAAUCGGCACCAUCUGGUAGCCUUAGUGACAUUGUUACAUAGAGAAUUAUGUAUUUUCAGUAGCUUUGGAGUAUAUUUUCCUAUAAAUUUUAAUGAUACAAAAUAAAAGUAAUGAAUAGACUUGUAUGCUUUUCAACCUCUAGGAUUUCAGCAAAUUUGUCACAGUAUUUAGCUCCCUGCAGUCCCCACCACAGAGUACAAUUUACAAGAUUGUACAUGAUGGCUCCGGUCAUGUCAGAUCCUUACAGCUGGGAUUACUCACACCUAAAAUAGGUCAGUCAUUGUAUGACACAAGUCAUGAGCAUGGCAUAUUUUCCUUAUCUUUCAUCUAUCUGUGUAAAGGAUUAAAAAAAACAUUGAUUCUUUUCAUAAAUAAAAGUCUAAUUCCUAAUUACGAAAUAUUUUCUUUUGCAACAGAUACAUUUGGAUACACACCUCCAAGUCUGUUCCAGUACCCAAGCCGAGCCGGCCAUAUUUCUUAUGGGCUGUACUUCCUGCCUCGAGGAUGCGAGCCGGGCAAGAGAUAUCCAACAGUGUUGUUUGUCUAUGGGGGCCCGCAGGUGCAAAUGGUGAACAACUCAUUCAAGGGACAGAAGUAAGUUCAUUAUUAGCUCAAAUCAUUAUUAGCUCAAUUCAUUAUUAGCUCAAAUCAUUAUUAGCUCAAUUCAUUAUUAGCUCAAUUCAUUAUUAGCUCAACUCAUUAUUAGCUCAAUUCAUUAUUAGCUCAAUUCAUUAUUAGCUCAAUUCAUUAUUAGCUUAACCCUUUGAACCCUUGGCUCCUGGUCCUAAAAUACCCAUGCCCCUGAGGUCCUGGUCCUAAAAUACCCAUGCCCCUGAGGUCCUGGUCCUAAAAUACCCAUGUCCCUGGGGUCCUGGUCCUAAAAUACCCAUGCCCCUGGGGUCCUGGUCCUAAAAUACCCAGGCCCUCGGGUCCUGUGGUCCUGGUCCCAAAAUCCCCAUGCCCCUGCGGUCCUGGUCCUAAAAUACCCCUGUCCCUGGGGUCCUGGUCCUAAAAUACCCAUGUCCCUGGGGUCCUGGUCCUAAAAUACCCAUGUCCCUGGGGUCCUGGUCCAAAAAUACCCAUGCCCCUGGGGUCCUGGUCCUAAAAUACCCAUGCCCCUGGGGUCCUGGUCCUAAAAUACCCAUGCCCCUGGGGUCCUGGUCCUAAAAUACCCAUGCCCCUGGGCUUCUGGGGGAAAAAGUCCACACGCUGACACACAAGCCAACAAAAUCAAAUGAUUAUAAAAUUAAAUACAUUCUAAUUAUUUCAAUCUAAAUUUGUCUGCUAGUAGUCCACAAGUAUUGUAAACAAAUUUACAAGGAGAAAAUUGUCUUAGAAAUGGUGUCAAAUAGCAUAGUAAAAUAUCAUUUAUACAACCCUGAUUUUUCAUAAAAGCCUUGGCUUGAACUAAGGGGUAGACCUUGUGUUGUUUCUGUCAUUCCCAAAGCACACAUGAAAGCACUAGAAAUUGAAGCCAAUCCAUCGUCACUGUCAUUGUCUUUUUCAAAAAACAAUAAUAAUCCCUUGAAUCAUUUACAUUACCAUAAACCUGCUCUACUUCGAGUCCAUUAGAAUAGUAAUUUAUGUAUUUUGUGUAAUUUCGUCACCUCUAUACAUCGAAAAAAAAACAUUAAAAAAACAUAACAAAAGAGAUGCAUUCAUUGGCGCGGCCAUUACUGUGACCUUUUGCAAGACACGUGAUAAAAACUCUGAACUCAUUAUUUACAAGACAUAUUCUUUAUGGACUGUCGAUCUAUGUUAAGGUAUGGGAGACCGAAAUAUGGGUCUGGCGGGAUGUGGAUUUUUAAGGCACAGACCAAUAAAGCGGGAUUGCGGGGGUCAAAGGGUUAAUUCAUUAUUAGCUGGAUUCAUUAUUUAUCAAUGGCAUUUUAUUCCAUUAGAUAUGUAUUGAACUGCAUAAUAUGGUUAAUAAUUCUACCUCAUUUUUUAGCAUACAAAUUUAUUAGUGUAUUAGUUCAUAUAAUCUACUCAAUUUAAAUUAUCCCAGCCAAUACAAUGUUAAAAACGUAAUGCUACAAUGCUCAUUAGUUGCACUUAAGAGUUGCCAGAUUUUUUUGGAAAGAUUUAUUUUCCUACGUCAUCUUUUGAAAUCUUAACAGUGAGCUUUAUAAUUUUAAAGUCUUUUUUUAUUUACUGAAUUUAAAAUUUAACAAAAUAUAUUUGAGUUUAGAAAUCUUCCACUAUCUUUCGACAAAACCUGGCAACCCUAGCCUCUGUUUCGCGAUGGUCACUCUUGGUAUAUCCUUAAAGAAGUAUUUAGUUUAAGUAUUUUUUUUGUAUCCAAGGUUUCUGAGACUUCACACACUUGCCGCCGAGGGAUAUGUCGUCAUUGUUAUUGAUGGCCGGGGGUCAAACAACAGGGGUCUGCACUUUGAGGGGAUCCUUAAGAAUCAUCUGGUAAACUUUGUUUAUAUGAUAUUCAUUGACAGGUACUGGAGGUGUAAGCAACCUUUAGUGGGGUGUAAGCAACCUUUAGUGGGGUGUAGCAACCUUUACUGGGGGUGUAGGCAACCUUUACUGGGGGUGUAGCAACCUUUACUGGGGGUGUAGGCAACCUUUACUGGGAGUGUAGCAACCUUUACUGGUGUUAUAGGCAACCUUUACUGGGGGUGUCAGCAACCUUUACUGGGGGUGUCAGCAACCUUUACUGGGGGUGUAAGCAACCUUUACUGGGGGUGUAGGCAACCUUUACUGGGAGUGUAGCAACCUUUACUGGUGUUAUAGGCAACCUUUACUGGGGGUGUAAGCAACCUUUACUGGGGAUGUAAGCAACCUUUGCUGGGGGUGGAAGCAACCUUUACUGGGGGUGUAAGCAACCUUUUCUGGGGGUGUAAGCAACCUUUACUGGGGGUGUAAGCAACCUUUACUGGGGGUGUAAGCAACCUUUACUGGGGGUGUAAGCAACCUUUACUGGGAGUGUAAGCAACCUUUACUGGGGGUGUAAGCAACCUUUACUGGGAGUGUAAGCAACCUUUACUGGGGGUGUAAGCAACCUUUACUGGGGGUGUAAGCAACCUUUACUGGGGGUGUAAGCAAUGCCUACUAUCCUUUUUCUCACAACAAAAGUAAUUUUAAAUGAUAUGAAAUCUUGUUACACAAUUUGAUUGAACAUUUUAAUUAAUAUGAUUUAGUAUUCUAUGAAGUGUAGCAUUCUAUGUAAUGUAGCACUCUAUGAAGUGUAGCAUUCUAUGAAGUGUAGCAUUUUAUGAAGUGUAGCAUUCUAUGUAAUGUAGCAACUAUUUAUUUUUCGUUCUAGGGCACAGUUGAGAUUAAUGAUCAGGUUGAGGGAUUGCUGUGGCUGGCUUCCCAAACAGAUUUUAUUGAUAUGUCGAGAGUAGCCAUUCAUGGCUGGUCUUAUGGUAGGUUGGUCGUUUUUUUCUAUGAACUAAGGCAGAUAUUCUGGUGAGAUUACUCUCUUAUGACCCAGGCUCAUACAUUGGUUACCAGCUCCAUCUGUUGAGCUGAACCAUAUGUAAUUCUCCUCACUUAGGGCUUGCCCUCCGCCCUGGCCUCCCUCGAAACAUCUAGUUUCUAUGUAAUAAAUUGUUUAGUUUAGACUGUGUAAUUUCUAGUUGUAUUGUAUUCCCUGUCUAUAUCAUAAUAUUUUAACUAUUAUUACAUUUGUAAUUAAUACUUUACAUCCGUCCUGCACAACCCAAAAUGUAAGGUGGGCCGUAAUACUUUAUGAAAAACUUGUGUGGGCCAAAAGAAAAUAGGGUAGGACUUGUACAGGCCAAAAGAAAAUAGGUCAGGGGAAAGCUAUUAAGAAAAUAAUAAGAAAAAAGAAUAUUUCGCUACUUAGCGGGCCACAAAGUGGGUGAAGGCGGCGGGCAGUAUGUUGUGCAGGCCUGCUUUAUAUCACAAAUUGUUUGUCUUUUACUAAACCCAAACAUGGUAAAAAAUUUUAGUAUGGGAAUCUUGUCAUUUAUCUUCUGUUUACAACUCUACAACAUAACAUCAGAGAAAAAUUGAUAUUACCGCUUGAAGAAAACUUGGAAUAUUCUACAACAGUGGUUCUUAACCUGGGUUCGAUCGAACCUCAGGAGUUCGGUGAGUCAGUCUCAGGGGUUCUUCUUCUUCUUCUAUAUCUUAAGGGCCCACGAUCAAUUUAUUGAUCAUUUUGGCUCCUAUGCAUGUAGAUGGGAUUUGCAAUGUUUCUGUUACUGGUGUGGAUGAGGAAAUCAUGCACAAGGGGUUUGAAGGCUGGAGGCAAUAGACACAAAUGUGUCUAGUGUUGUCGCCUCAACCGUUCCUUUUGAAAGAUGGUUCCAGUCCCUGAUUGUCUUGGGCAGGAAUGAGCAGCUCCUAUACUGGCUUCUUGCUGGUAUGAGCCUGAAUUGCCUGUCAUGGCCUCGUCGCUGUCUAUGGGGGAGAGGGACGAGUUUCUGUUUAAUACUGGAACAGUGGACCAGCCCAUUAUUUAUCUUGUACAUCAUGGAGAGCCUGGAUUGUCGUCGUCGUUUCUCCAAUGGUGACCAGCCUAGUGUUUCUAGCAUGCUGCCAACACUAGAGGUAUUCCUGUAGCGGUUUAGGACAAAGCGUGCUGCUCGUCGCUGGACCGCCUCCAACCUGUCAAUGCUCUUCUGGGUAAAUGGGUCCCAGACUGAAGAUGCAUAAUCUAAAAUCGGACGGAUAAAGGCUUUAUAUGCUCUUUCUUUCACACAGGAGUUGCCAAUCUUUAGAUUUCGCCUUAAGAACCCCAAGGCUUGGUUUGCUUGGUUACAUACAUUGUUAAUAUGCUCGUCCCAGCGGACCUCUCUUUGAAUGGUAACACCCAGGUACUUUACGGAGGAAACUUGCUCAAGAAUAUGGCCGUGCAGUUUGUAUUGGUAGUGUAGAGGAGUACAACUUCUAGAGAUUGAUAGUGUCUGGCACUUGGCAGGGUGAAAUUCCAUGUCCCAGCUCAUCUCCCACUCAGCUAACAGAUUGAGAUCCUGUUGUAGCUGGUCCUGGUCAGAUCUGUUGGCGAUCGUCCUAUACACUGCUGUGUCAUCUGCAAACAGUCUUGCCUGUGAUGUCAGUUUCUCCGGUAGGUCAUUAAUGUAUGCUAGGAACAAACAGGGGCCCAGGACUGAUCCCUGGGGGACCCCUGACUUCACAUUGACAAAGGAGGAGCUUGUACCGCCCACCACUACUGCUUGGCGUCGGUGGCUGAGGAAGCUAGAGAUCCAUGUUUUAGUGGUGCCUUGAAUCCCAUAUAUCUGGAGUUUUUCGGCGGAGGUCCAAAAAAAAUCAGGGAAAAAAAAAUCAUAUUUUAUUUUUCCUAUUAAGAAGGGUUCGGUGAAUGCGCAUAUGAAACUGGUGGGGUUCGGUACCUCCAAAAAGGUUAAGAACCACUGUUCUAUAAUGAUACAGUAUAUUAUUGUAAUUAUGUGUUGAUGAACUUUUCAUUUUUAGAUAUUUCUUCAAUUCUCUAUUUCAGGCGGUUAUCUAUCUUUGAUGGGACUGACACAGAGAAGUGAUGUCUUCAAGGUGAGCAACUCUUGUCAAUUAAUGCAUUGAAAUAAAUAGUGAUGUAUGUUAAAGUGGCAUUUAGCAAAUUAAUUCUUGAAUUUCCCAAGAACAAUAAAAUAACUGAUUAUUUGUUGAAAAGAAGCCAUGUAUAUUUUCUGCUUGUUAUUAAUUUGUUUUACUUAUAUAAUCUAAAUUUUCAUCUCAUUUAUUAUGUGGUCACAUGACAUUAAGGUAGUCUGCUCCAUUGAGUAGUCACAUGAUUUCAAAGUAAUCUACUUGAUAUUUCAUUAUGUGGACAUAACUCAACCCCCCUCCGGCCUUUUUUUUUAAGGUGGCCAUUGCUGGAGCCCCUGUGGUCAACUGGGAGCUCUACGACACUGGCUACACUGAACGCUACAUUGGGCUUCCACAGAGCAAUCCAGAUGUGUACAAGGCAGGAAAUGUCCUCUCCUACAUUGACAUGCUUCCAGAUUAGUAUGUUUCCUUUGUGUCAGAUUGGCCAUUUUCAUAUCAGAUUAGUCAUUUUAUUGUUAGUCUAGUCAAUUUAUGUCAAAAUUAGUCAUUUUCUUGUCAGAUUAGUCAUUUUAUUGUUAGACUAGUCAAUGUAUGUCAAAAUUAGUCAUUUUCUUGUCAGAUUAGUCAUUUUCAUAUCAGAUUGGUUAUUUCCAUGUCAGUCAGGUUCAUGUCAAUUAUUCAGUAACAUCAUCAUUAAAUCUCCAUAAAGAUUGGCAUUCAAAUGUGUUAGCAGCACAUUGUCAUUCUCUCUUGCCAAGAUGUCCUGACCUGUUUGAAAUUAUGUUUUUAUAAACAACUUUUUUAUUCAUUUAUUUAUUUAUUUAUUUAGGCAUUUUUAUAUAGCGCUUACCUUAAAGCUCUAAGCGCUUUACAAUCAUUAAAAACAUGUAAACUAAGUACAAUAAAAAAGAGACAUUAGGAUAGUAACUACUAUACUAUAGAAACAAUUAAAAUGGAUAUAAAACUAGGACACUUUGGCACAUUUAUCAGUCUGAUUGAAAUGUUCAGCUUAUUAUCUGACUUAUUUGAUGGGCUUUAUUGGAGAAGAUCAUGUCAUUAUACUUUCAUUACAUCAGAUCACAUCAUUAUACUUUUCUACUUAAUUGAAACUAUGUAAAUUAUAUAUUCUCUCCUGAUUAAACUAAAUAAAUUGUAUAUCUUCUCCUGAUUAAACUAUAUAAAUUGUAUAUUCUCUCCUGAUUAAACUAUAUAAAUUGUAUAUUCUCUCCUGAUUAAACUAUAUGAAUUGUAUAUUCUCUCCUAAUUAAACUAUAUAAAUUGUAUAUCUUCUCCUGAUUAAACUAUAUAAAUUGUAUAUUCUCUCCUAAUUAAACUAUAUAAAUUGUAUAUCUUCUCCUGAUUAAACUAUAUAAAUUGUAUAUUCUCUCCUCAUUAAACUAAAUCAAUUGUAUAUUCUCUCCUGAUUAAACUAAAUCAAUUGUAUAUUCUCUCCUGAUUAAACUAAAUCAAUUGUAUAUUCUCUCCUGAUUAAACUAAAUCAAUUGUAUAUUCUCUCCUGAUUAAACUAAAUCAAUUGUAUAUUCUCUGGCAGUGAAACAAGACUCCUGCUGAUCCAUGGUCUGAUUGAUGAGAAUGUCCACUUUCGCCACUCUAGUGUCUUAAUCAACCAUUUAGUGACCUCCUGUAAACCCCACCAGCUUCAGGUGAGUCCUUUGGUUAGGGCUUUCUUCCCAUUCCCUAACAGAUGGUCACUUACUGGACUGGUCACUUACUGGACCGUGGUCACUUACUGGACUGUGGUCACUUACUGGACCAUGGUCACUUACUGGACCGUGGUCACUUACUGGACUGUGGUCACUUACUGGACUUAGUCAAACUAAAUGUUUGGGACAUAAUUGGGCUGUAAUAGAUGAGAUACAAUUGGACAUAAUUGGACUGUAAUAGGAGGGCUGUAAUUCUAUGGCUUCAAAAAAUUUAACUGGGAUGUGGGGUCUUCGUAGCAUUGUAUUUCAUGGCUUAAAGUUUAUUGUUAAUGGUGGAUAUGUUCAAGCUUGUAGGAUCUUCUAAAGUAGCCACAAACUCAAUUAGUUGUUACUGCUACUUGUAAGAACAAAAAGAAAAAUUACUUAUCACUGUUGGAGAUAGACGGUUAGUUUGAAAGAAUUUCUGUCAGUUGAUAGCAUAUUUGUUGUCUCCCCUUGAUAGGUGUACCCCAAUGAAAGACACGGCAUUCGUAACCACGAGGCCAGUGAACAUUACAAGACAACGGUCCUCAAGUUUCUUCAAGACUAUUUGUGAUCAUCUUUGACCUUUUUAGUUCAAACGACGACAAGUGUAUUAAUAGAUAUCUAGUUUUGUAAAUACUUGAUAAAGCUGGACUGUUUGAUGGAGUUCAAAGGUUUGAUUGAGUUCAAAGGUUUGAUUGAGUUCAAAUGUUUGAUUGAGUUCAAAUGUUUGAUUGAGUUCAAAUGUUUGAUUGAGUUCAAGUGUUUGAUUGAGCUUGUGUGUUUGCAACACAAGGAUUGGGAUUAUGUUAAAAAUUAUUUUAUACACAAAGAGAAAAAUUACCAAUAAAACAGACAACUUUCAUCCAUAUAAUGUCAAGAUUAUAAUAUGGUAAUAAAUUCUUGUUAUUACAUAUUUGCAUAAUUUAUUUAUUUACUGUUUGGGGAAACAUUAAUUGAAUUAGCAUAUGGGGGUACAGGCCAAAAUGAGUUGUUUUAACGAGAAACAUGUAUUGAAAAUGUAUAAAUAUUUUAGCCAUUAACAAUUUUAAUGCACUCCUUAAUUAUAUGAUUACUUAUAAUCUUUACAAAAAGGGUAAUUUAAUGGCAAAGAGAGGAGAUUGCAUUGAAUUUAAUCCUUAUUAAUUAUUUUUUAACUUUUUAAAAAAAAAAUUGUACAGCAUCAAAAAGGUUCAUUUUUUUUACUUAUCUUUUAUGAAAUUGUCAUAUACAAAGAAAAACUAUUUACAUGACUCUUGUAAAUCUAUUGAUGUUGUUAUGUGAUUGAAGUCAUCAUAACAUAAAAACUGUUUACAAGAUUCUUGUACCAGUAAAUCUCUUGAUGUUAUGUGAUUGAGGUCAUCAUAACAUAAAAACUAUUUACAUGACUCAUUGUAAAUCUCUUGAUGUUAUGUGAUUGAGGUCAUCAUAACAUAAAAACUAUUUACAUGACUCAUUGUAAAUCUCUUGAUGUUAUGUGAUUGAGGUCAUCAUAACAUAAAAAAUAUUUACAUGACUCAUUGUAAAUCUCUUGAUUUUAUGUGAUUGAGGUCAUCAUAACAUGCUGGAAUUUAAUUUGAGAAUUUUAUAAACACAAGGUAGCUAUGAAUCAAUCAAUAAUCAGAUUCAACAUAACAUAUGCAACGACCUUGAGUUACGGUGGUCAUGCAGUGUUUGUACAGAUUAAUUAGACACUAACAAUUUGUGUCAAUAUAACAAUAUAUAUUAAUGUUAAGCUUUAAUAAUAAUUUUACAUAGUACAUAAGUAGACGUUUCGGCACAUACCUUCAUCAGUACGAUAACAAAACAUUUAAAUAAGUACAAAUUAAAUUUACAUAAUAUAUAUAUAUAUAUACAUACAUAUACACGUAUAUCCUACCUAAGAAAAGGAGACAAAAUAUGAGUGGGCACAAAAAAAAACAACCAGACAGAAAGUGUUUGUACAUUUUGACAAUUUUUUUUUAAACGAAAUUAAAUUAAUGAAAGAUUAUAAUUUAUAUAUAUAUUAUAUUAAAAUUGAUAACCAUUUUUACUACAGUGAUAACACAAUAAUAGACUACUGACUUUGCACAGGACUUGUUGCUUUGAUCUCAUUAUAACUGAAGAUUUAGGCAUGAUUAAGGUAUACAUUAUGUCACCAAUUUUAAGAUGGAACUAACUCUCAAUUGUACACAUAUUCUUGUACAAAAGUUAGUUCCCUGCAUGGCUUCCCUUUGUUUGUGCUAUGGUGAAGAAGGAAUAAAAACCAGCUGAUGAAAAAUGCCACCAGAUGUAAUCCCUUGAUUUCUGAAGAUGUCAGUGUGCGAGGGUUUGUCACCUGAACAGAAUUCCGGUGUGGAUAAACAUGCACCACUGAUGAAAAUAAAUUUGGUUGAGAUCUCAAAUAACUUAAUUUCGAAAUUGAUCUAGUUCUCUUGGGACAUUAAAAAUUUCCAUUUUGUUUCAGUGUGACCAAUUAAUUAAAACAAUGACUUAAACAUUUAAAAAAAAUCAAAAUCAAUUUUUUGGGACUUUCCAUAUAAACUUAACCAACCAUAGUGGACAGCUUCCCAUGUUUGCAAAUUAAGAAUCUACUUAAGAUCCCUUGAAAAUUUUGUCCCAUCGUAUAUCCUGUGAUUCUAUGGCAUUCAUUUUAUUUUUGUUCUGUUAACACAUCUGUGAAUGUACCAGUAUUUUAAAUGUCAAUUUCACACAUAAACUACAGAGUUUGUACCAUUCUGCAUGC